CACGCGCUUCCAGUCAUCGCGCGCUCACGGCGCUGAUACUUGCAACAGAGUCCCAGGGUUCUACUUAGGAGAGAAGAAACUACAGGCUUGGGUAUAUUUAAUGUGCUGUUUGAAGCAAGCUUUAGUUCUCCACUUAGGUGAAGCUGAUUUAUAGAAUUAAAAUGUUUCCUGUUGUAAUUCUGGGAAUAAACUUGGAGAGAACCUGAGGACGGGAAAGAGCUGAAGCAGAGGGUUGUGUGUUGUGUUUAUGUAUUAGUGAGGGUGAGCGCCUUGAGAUGAGUGUGGGUGAUGAAGAGAGAAGUUCUCGCAUCCGCCCCCCGUGCAGUCUAAAUGUGAAGAAGGUGUAUGGAGAUGGUACUGAAGAACUGCACUCCCCAGAGUCACUGAGGAUCAGCAGUAUGUCACCUGACCUCAGGCAGGACUUUAGUAUGAUGGAGCAGAGAAAGAGAGUCACACAGAUUCUGCAGAGUCCAGACUUUAAGGAGGAGCUGGAGUGUAUGGUAAAGGAGCAGUACUCCAAAAGCAGUAACUCUGGUGGUCUACUGGGUCACAUCGCAAACAUUAUCAUCAGUAACACUCUGAACAACACUGGAGUCUACAGUCCUGCCAAUGUGGGGUCAGUAAGUCCGGUUAAUGAUCUAUGUGGUGUGGAGUGGUUUAAUUGUUCUAAAGCUGAGAGGCAGGGCCGCUGUAAACUGGCCUGCCUGUAUCGUCUGCUGGACCUGUAUGGACAUACUCACUUCCCAAACACGUAUAUUACUCUUCGUGUGAGCAAAGAGCAGGAUCAUAUUCUUAUUCUUCCUAAAGGACUGUCCUUCUCUGAGGCAACAGCAGCUAGUCUGGUGAAGGUGAAUCUGAUUGGUGAGGUUGUUGAUCAGGGAGCAACUUUACUUCCUGUGGAUGUUUUGGGUUUCAAACCACAUGCAGCAGUGUACUCUGCUCGACCCGAUGCCAAAUGUGUUAUUCAUACACACACACCAACCACUGCUGCAGUCUCCUGUAUGAAAUGUGGCAUUUUACCUAUAUCCCAUGAAGCUUUGCUGUUGGGAGAGGUGUCUUAUUUUAGCUACCAUGGUGAUAUUGAUGACGAGCAGGAGAGGAUGGAUCUUCAAAAAGCUCUGGGCCCCACUGCCAAGGUUUUGGUGCUCAGGAAUCAAGGUUUAUUAGCAUUUGGAGAAACAACAGAGGAAGCUUUUCAUUAUCUAUACCACAGCCACCAAGCCUGUGAGAUACAGGUUAGCGCUCUCUUGUGCGCAGGUGGCAUUGAAAACCUGUGCAUAUUAAACAGAACAAAUCUUAAAGUUUCUCCAACUCCUUCAAUUCAUGCCGGUGGAGAAAUGCCAGAAGGACAGAUCAGAUGGAGGGUUGGAGAAGCAGAAUUUGAGUCGCUUAUGAGGAUGCUGGAUAACUUAGGUUACAGGACAGGUUACACUUACCGCCAUCCCAUAGUUAAAGAGAAGCCUCGACACCAUAACAACGUGGAGAUCCCUGCAACUGUUACCGGGAUGGGACUAGAGGAAAAGGACUUCUUUCCACAGAGUCCACUGCACUUCGCAGCACAGAAGCGGGACAGAGAGAGGAUACGAUGGCUGAAUUCACCAAAUAGUUACUUAAAGGUCAAUGUACCUGAGGAGUCAAUCAAUGGGACCUGCAGCCCCUGUUCCAAAACUGUGUGGAUGAAGUCGGAGGAGUCAGGCAGCUGCAAGGACACCCCUAUUAGAAUUGAGGACCCAAAUCAGUUUGUCCCACUUAAUACCAACCCCAAUGAAGUCCUGGAAAAAAGAAAUAAGAUUCGGGAGCAGAACAGAGUAGAUCUGAUGACGGCUGGACCGAAAUCUCAGCUCCUGGCAGACAUUGUCAUCGACAAGCCUCCCGGACCAGCAUUCAUCUAUGAGGAUGAGGAGCAGACAGAUUCCCUACCACCAAAUCCAUUCGACCAAUCAGAGGCAGAGCUACAAGAAUACACACAAACUGUGGAGAACAAGUGCAGCCAAUCAGCUCUUCAGUCAGAGGCUGAUGAGGAAUUCACAGAUGGAGAAAUGACUACAUAUGACGGCUCCACUGUCUCCCUUUCUAUCUCUCCUCUCAUGAGCCCAGAAAGAGGAGACUGCCUGUCAGCUCUGUUGCUGAGUAGUGAUGAGCUGACCCAGGAUGAUGACCUCACUCUGCAGGUCACAGAGCUGAGCAUCACUAAAGAGAUGCAGGUCUCCAUAACAACCACUGUCGCCAACAAUAUUUCAGUCACCAGCUCAUCUGAAAGUCAACCAAAAUUACCCAAAAAGAAGAAAAAGAAAUUUCGUACUCCUUCCUUCCUGAGGAUGAGUAAAAAGAAAGAAAGAGAGAAAGAGAAAGGAAAAGACAAAGAGAAGGAGAAAGAAAAGGAGAACAAGGAAAUAGAGGAAGAAAAAGAAUGCAAUAAGGACUAAAAUACAAAGGUAAUGAUAUAGAAAAUGUAGUUUCAGGAGGGCCCCAUGUUAAAUGUGAUGACUAAGUAGGGAUGUGUGCACAUAAGCAUUAAAACAAUCGCUUGUCUGAAGAAUAUGUAUUUUCAACACACUUUUUGUUUCUGCUAUAUUAUUACUAUAGUAUAGUAUAAUGGGUGUCUAAAUGGACUAAUACCUAAUUAAUGACAAAAUCCAACACUUUAUAAACUGUGUAUAUAAAUGCACCCGUAUACAAAAUAUUAUCAGCAGACAAAAUUAUACUUUUUUUUAAUAAAAAACGUUUAAUUCUUAUCCGCAACUCUAUAUACUGAAUUUGAGUAGAAUCAGAAACAUUUUGAUGGUGCUGUAUGUGUUGUGCAGAUGAACUGUUUUUUCUUAAAUUGCAUUAAGGACAAGAACUGUGUGUGUGACUGUGCAUUCCUGCAUGUCAGGAGUAUUAAAGUAUUACAAAUGUGUUUGAUAGUGGAAGAUAGCCAUACAGUGUGAUAUAAAGCUUUUAUUUUGCUUGGUCUAUAGAUGGAGAAGUGGUUGAUCUUGUUAUUCUUAUAUAUAUAUACAGUUGUGCUCAAAAGUGUGCAUACCCUGGCAGAAAUUGUGAAAUUUUGGCA